UUCGGUUUCCGAAGUUGCAUCUCGGGACUCGGGAGUCGUAUUUUUCUUUGUUUAUUUCUUAAAUUCAAUUAUUUUGAGCGAUUCAUUUCUGAAUUAAGUAUGAUGUUAUUGUCAAUUAAAUCAUGGUUGUCUUUUUUCAUUCAUAUAUCGUUAUAGGUAAUUGUCGUUGUGACCCAAAUAAACAUGAUAUCAGAAAAUUCUGCUAAACAGAGAAACCCAUUGGUGUUUUUAGAUAUAUCUAUCGAUGGCGAGACAGCUGGCCGAGUUGUUAUAGAAUUAAGAGAUGAUAUUGUUCCUAAAACAGCCGAAAAUUUUAGGGCUCUGUGCACAGGAGAGAAAGGGAUUGGUAAAUUAGGAAGACCUUUACAUUAUAAAGGUGUUCGCUUUCAUAAAGCUAUUACACAGUUUAUGGUUCAAGGAGGUGAUAUUAUAAAUGGGGAUGGUACAGGUGGUGAAAGCAUAUAUGGAACAACUUUUGAAGAUGAGAACUUUAUUCUAAAGCAUGAAGCUGGUGUCUUGAGUAUGGCAAAUUCUGGGCCCAACACCAAUGGCUCCCAGUUCUGCGUGACGAGUGUGCCCUGUCCCCACCUCGAUGGAACUAAUGUCGUCUUUGGACAGGUGUUAGCCGGUCUUAGGAUUUUGGAGGAAGUUCAGAAAACUGCGGAUGACUGUCGACCCACGGUUGAAUGUAUCAUCGAGGAUUGCGGAGAGAUAAAAGAUGAGACGUGGGAUGUCCGCUGUCGGGAUGGAACGGAAGAUCGUUUGCCCGAGUACCCGGAAGACCUGAGGGAGGAGCCGAGUAUAGAAGAUCUGCUGGCCGGUAUCCUGAACGUGAAGUCCAGCGGCAACGAGCUGUUCGGAGCCGGCCGGUUCAAGGGCGCGGCUCGGAAGUACCGCAAGUGCCUGCGCUACUUGGAUCUCGUCGGAGACGCGGCCGCGGGCUCGUGCCGGUCCCAGUGCAGCCUGAACCUGGCCGCCUGCUACUCCCGCCUGGGGCUGCACGCCGCCUGCGUCGGCCCCUGCUCGGAGGCGCUCCGUCUGGAGCCCGGAAACGGGAAGGCUCUGUACCGGAGGGGCCGCGCGCACUUCGCCCUCAAGAACUACGAGGCGGCCCUCCGCGACCUCCGCGAGGCCGACAGGGCUUCGCCCCGCAACGGCGCCGUCCUGCGGCUGCUGGAAGAGGUGAAGGCGACCAGCAAGACCUACGACGACGUGCAGAGGCGGAGGCUGGCCAAGUUUUUUCGAGAGCAGAGGGGCGCCGCGGCCCUCGGCCCCCACUGAGCUGCGGCUCGACGUGCUCAUCUGUCGCUUGUGACUUCUUCCAGAAGUGGACUGCCUUAUAUUAAAGCAGUUUUGGGUUCGGACGAGAUCUAAAAGCAUCGACGGCAGUGCCUUAAAUAGUUCCGAUUAAAAGUUUCUCAUCGAGAUCGGGCAAUAAUCUGCAUAAUAAGCGAACGGGAAGUGCCAAAGAUUCGACCGCUCCGAAAUACGUAUUCGAUAAUAAUGUAAAAAUUGUAAAUGUUUAGCUGAGUAACGUACUGUACUGUUUAAGGUAAAUUAUGAUUUUUGAUCUCUCACGUGUAUUACUUAAAAAUUUUAGUUCAUACUUUUAAGACGGCUCAGUUCUCUAGCGGAGAGUUUUGUCCGACUCUCUUCUUCUCUGCCGGGGCUCGCGGCGGAGACGUCUCAAUUUAUGUACAGGGCGUACAGACCGUAGUCUGGCAAUAUCGCUGGACAUCGUCGAGCCACUCUUUCAUUCCAACACAGCUUUUAGAGAAAUAUAUUUGUGACGACAAUAUAUAUAUAUAUAUUGAUAAUAAUAAUUGGUGUAAGGGAUCGAUAUACGUAAUCUUUGUUCCGUGGGUUAUUGAACGUGAAAGAGACGUCUCGAAAACUCGAGUCACAAAAUAGCUAAAUCGUAAGAGACUUCUCGUUUCACGCAUUGAGCGCUAUCCACGGCCGGGACGAGUUCCCGGAAAUGUGUGGAUAGCGCUUUAGAAUAGUUUUAUACGUGACGUAAUAUACAAUUUUUUAUCUAAA